AUGUUGGGUUUUAUAAAAAAAUUCAAUAUUCUAGUUCAAAGCAAAUAUGAAUCAGUAACUCCAAGUGAAAUUAGAAAUUUUACAAAUAUUUUAUCUGGUUAUGAUGAGGAUAUUUUAGGAAUUUUUGUAGCCUCUUCCUUUAGUAAGAAAGCUUUGACUUUUGCAAAUACGUAUCCGAGAAAAAUAUUUCUUAUUGUGGACAAUUUAAAAGAUUCAAAUAAUUUUGAUGAAAUUUGCAAUGAUAUCACAAAAUAUUUGGUUUGUAAAGAAAAUGAUAAAAAAUCAUCUCGUUAUCAUGCAAAUGUUAAACAGAUUGGACGUAUUAAAGUUACGUUGAAGAAUCAAACUUUAGAAUAUUAUAAUUUAAAUAUAUAUGGGAAUGGUGAAUCUAUAGUAGAAAUUGACGAU